AUGGGGCCCCGGGCAAUAGGGGAUCAUGGGGCCCCUGUGUCCUUGCCCAAACUCAAAAAAGCCUAUGAAAAAGGUACCAGGGGCAUCUCAUGGAGCCCCCUACUGACCCCGGGCCCUUGGGCAGUGCCCGAGUUUCCAAAUGGUCAGUCCGCCCCUGCCUCUGGCUGCGAAUAUGCUGCCUCGACCCCGUCCUCUGCUGCUAUCCUUAAAACAUUGCCUCCUCUGCCACGCCUCUGCAUGUUGUCUGACAUACUCUUUAAUUAACGAUUCUGUGUCCCCUGAGUAACAAAUUCUGUGUCCC